AUGACAAUUCAAUCGGAGCAAAAAUCAAUGAUAAGUACUCGUACCGACGAGGACACGGAAGAUACAGAAGACGAAGGGGAGGAAGACGAGGGAAGGGAGGAGGAGGAAGAAGGAGAAGAAGGCGAUUCGCGAGAAGCGAAAGAGAUAGGAAGUGGCGAUACAAUUUUUAAGACGAAAGACUCGGAGAAAAGUGCCGCGAUCGAUACUCCAGGCUUCGUACCGCCGCCAGGAGAAGAACACAAAUAUAUUAUGACCAAGAAACUAGUGGAAAAAGUACGAAAAAUACCAAACUUGCACAUGAUAUGCGGUAAAGUGGAUGGUAGCAGAACAGACUUGCAUGACGUUACUUUAUUCUACUUCCUGAGGACUAUCGACGAGGGUAUACCAAACUUUGAUUCUUACAUCGAUUGCGAUGAACAAAUAACGCAGUAUUUGGUAGUUGGAUCUCUACAGGGGAAAUUUUUGGUUUCGUUGAACAGGAUGCUCGUUGAGGUUUUUAAACCAUUGGUUCAAGCUCAAUUCAGAGGACCACAUCUUUCAGACGCACUCAAAGAAGAAGAACCUGAUAUAGACGAGGAACGUCCUCAGAGUUUGACGGACAUCAUGGCAGCUCGAAGUUCAAUCUUCAGAAGACCGUCAGAAUUCCGCAGGAUAUCUAUAGUCAUGGCGAAGAAAGAGGCUGAUAAAAACGCCGAGGACGACGACGAUGACGAUGAAAUAGUAGAACCGAAACAUUUGCAAACGAUAGAGAGAGCAAAACUGAGACGAAAACGCAUCAGGACUGUAGUCAAUUUCGAAAGAGCUGGAAGCAAAACGGUGUCCAAAGAGCCAAUUGUACGCGUGUCGGCCGAUCAGAACAAAAUCGAUAUCCUACAUUAUUUAGAUAAAUUAAUAUCUAACGUCGAAUGGACACUGGAAAACAUCGAGGGCGAUAUUUUGCUGACGAUGCCGAAUAUACCGGAACUCGAUGAUCCUAAUGUUACUGACGAGAUGUUAGAAAAGAACAAGGAAGUGAUCGAGCAACUGGAAAAUGUGAUUAUGCUGUGGGGAGUGCACAUAGAAAAGGUGGUGGAAUCGUUCCAACAAAAAGUGCCACAAGGUAGAGGUCCACUAGCAGAGUGUGACUAUUGGAAGGAUCGAGAAGUAGGAUUGUUAAUGCUGGUGGAACAAUUAAAAAGUCCUAUGGCCAAAAGAAUAUUGGGCUUAUUGAGCAAUGUCCUUUCGCCAAUCGCUUCGAACUUUGAUUAUUUUUAUUCAGACUUAUGGAGAUGUUAUACCGAAGCCAGGGAUAAUAAUCGAUUUUUGCAGACUAUUUUAAGACACUUCAAGUUGAUGACAGAGUCGGAUUGCUUCAAAACAAUCAGUCAAGCCAUUCCUCAGCUAAUGGAGGGAAUAAGAAUGAUUUGGAUUCUCUCGAGUUAUUACUCCUGCGAAGAGAAAAUGGUUGGCCUAAUGGAAAGAAUUUCAUGGCAACUCUGUCAGACUGUCAUAAAGCAUUUAUCCAUCAAAGAUCUAUUCAAAAAACCUCAGAAAGUGAUUCUACAACAGACGGAAGACGCACGCGCGAUGCUGAAGAGUUGGAAAGAAGCUUACUUGAAGAAUCGGGAAGAUAUCGAAAUCUCUGGCAGAGGAAUGCGCUGGGAAUUCGACCAAAAUCGAUUGUUUAAAGGAACUGAAUACAUUGCCUCCGUUUGCGAUGGUUUGAACCAGGUUGCGAACGUUCUUCGAGACUUUCACAAUAUCUUUGGACCUGAUUUAAAAUCGAUCAUCAGUGAUCCAGCUCAAAUCGACACUAUAAUAAAACGUGUUGAUAGAUUGAUCGUCCUAAUAUUGGACGCAGACUUCAAUAUUUUCGACGAAUAUAACAAAGAAAAUUGGGAAGCUACUAUGUCUUUGUUUUACGAAGAGGUACAUUUCCUGGAGAACGAGGCUAAGUUCUUUAUCGACGAGUGCUUCCUGGUAUUGAGAAGCGCGGAAGAUGCGCUUCAUAUGUUGCUCAAGUUUAAGGAAACCAAGACUAGAGAUACAAUUCAUCAACAGUUGUUGAGAAAGUUUGACGUUAUCAUGCAACAAUUCAGCAAGGAAGUUAAUAUCGUUGAGGGGAUAUUCAAUAGAGGGAAACAAAAUCCUCCAUUAUUAACGUACCAUCCCCCAAUGGCUGGCGCUAUAUACUGGGUGAGACAGUUAUUUCACCGUCUAAGAAGACCAGUCUUGAUCAUCCAAAACAUUGAAGAGUUGAAACACAGCAAGCUGAAGAUUCUAGCUUUCAGUCAAUACUACGAGGUGGCCAAACAAAUGAAAGCGUACGAGGAAUCAAAAUACCAAUCGUGGGCAGAUAAGGCCCAGUACGUUGUGUUGGACACCAUGAAGAGGAGUAUCCUGAAGAUGGAACGUUCUGAACCGGAACAAGGUGUAUUAACAUUCCCAAAUAUCGAGAAAAGCACGAAGAAUCUGCAGACAAUUCACUUGCCAAAAGGACAAAAGAGCAGAGAUUUUGGAUCACCUGGAUCAACUCCUCAGGGAUCUCUUCAGAAGGCCGAACCUGUGUUGUCGAAACCAAGCAUCGAGACGGCUAGUUCUGUGGGAACCAGAGGACAGGUUAAGUCAGACACGAGAGCCGAGGUGAAAGCAUCGCUUCAAUCCCACAAAGAUCAAAAAUCGUGGACUACUUCUUCGGAAAAGCAGGCUGUCCAAACGCAAAAGAUUACUUGGAUGGAAUUUAUGAGCGGAUCGAUUCUCGUCGAGUGUCAGCUUCGUUUUCAAGUGAAUUUCGAUUGGGAGUUCUUCGAAAUUAUUCACGAGGCUGAGUUGAUGGAGCAGUUAGGUUUCGAAUUAAUUCCCAUAGUGAAAGAUGCUAGUAUCCAGAAAAAUCGACUAAGGAACGAUCUCGAAUUGAUGGAAAAAGUGACCAACCAGUACAACAGAAUGAUCGAUGAAAUGGACAAAGCUGAUAUACAAUUAUUGAGAAACACGUUGCUAGAUGUUGAGAAACAUAUUCAGCCUGGAGUAAUGCGUUUUAAUUGGAACUCUUUAAAUAUCUCUGACUACGCUCAUGACUGUGAAAAAUUAUUGAAAAAUCUAAACUCGAUCGUGGAUCAGGUGAACCACAUGAAGAGCGAUCUCGAUAACAGAAUAAACAACGAUCUUCAGAGUUACAAUCUCUUUUCUCUUCCGCUGAGAAUCUACGAAAGCGAAGAAUUGAUGCCUUGCAAGGUUUAUUUCCAAGAGAUAGAAAAUCGAAGAAUCGAAUUAAUUGCCGCGAUGUCCACGAUAUAUCAGUCAACGAGUCCGAUACUGAUAAAAUUGGAAAGUCUGGUAUUGGAAACGUACACUGGAAAAAGCCCAUCUAUGCAGCUGCUUUACGAGAAAUACGAAAAGAAAAUAUUUUGCUCUUUUAUCACAUGUAUACUGAAGAACAUAGAGUGUUUCAACAAAAGUCUAAUGGAAUGCAAACCGAUGUUUCAAGUGGAUGCAAUUUUAAUAGCUUCAGAAGCUGUUAUAAGACCAUCUCCUGGUGAAAUUUAUGCUACAAUACUACAGAACGUGAAGAAUUUAUUGGAGAAGCUGAAAUUAUUUCCUAGAUGGAUGAACGGCACCUGUUUAGAGUGCAAACCGCAAACGAAAAACGAAUACGAAAACUUCGCUACAGUGACAUUCUUUGAGGACGUCAUGAGUAUUAAAGUAGUGAAUGAUAAUAUACUAAUGGUUCAAAGGUCGGCGCAUAAAAUAGCGUUGGAAGCUUGGCACUAUUUGCACAGGUGGAAGAAGUAUAGCAAUCUAUGGUCUUUCGACAAGAAUUUAGCUGCUGAAAAGUUCGCAGCAACCGAACCUACACUCCACCAAUACGAUGAUAAGUUCUCUUUCUACGACAAUAUUCUCCAGGAAUUGACUGAAAUGGAUGUUUAUCACGAUCUUUAUUGCGUACGCAUCAAUCUCGGUUUCCUGCUUUCUGGUAUCAAACAACACGCUAAUGAAUGGAAGCAGGUUCUCGGUCAUUUUCUGCUGCACCAAACGGUUCACGAUAUGAACAGCUUACAUCUGAUAAUCGAAAAUUACCGAAGCGAAGUGGAGCUUGUAAUCACUGGAUUAGAUCGUUUCACAUCUGUCAUGCAAGCAAUCUCCGACAUAAAAAAGACAGCGAUUCAAGCAGAAGUUCGUUAUACGACCUAUCAGGAAACUUUCCGAACUUUGCGCAGCCACGAGAUAUCUUUCCCCGAGGAAGACGAACAAUUGGCUUACACUCUGCAACGUGACUGGGAGUCUCUAUAUUUGGGAGCUUUAUACAGAGCUUCCACUUUAGCAAGUACUUCUGAUAGAUUUUCUGACAUGACGCAAGAGCAGAUUAAUGCAUUCGUGAAAGAACUCGAAGAGUUCGCAGCAGACUUCGAGGCCAAUGGCCCUGGCAGUGUCGGUGAGGAUCUUGAACUUGGACUGCUCAAGAUGGACGAAUACGGAAAACUGAUCGCAAAAUACGAAGAACGACGGCUUAACCUGAUCAAUUCCGAAAUACUGUUCGAUCUGCCAGCGACUGACUAUUCGGUUUUCUUAAAAAUCAAAAAGGACUACGAGGGCAUGGAAUUAUUAUUCGAAUUGUACCAGAAACAGAAAAGUAUGAGGGACGUAUGGGCGCAGACGCUUUGGGUGAACCUGAAUCCUCAACAGCUGAUGGAUGGGAUGGACCAUUUCAUCAGGGAAUUUCGCAAACUUUCGAAAUUCGUGAAGAAUCUCAGCGUUGGACAGGCCUUAGACGCGAAUAUGAAGAGCUUCAAAAAUUCUGUGCCACUGUUCAUCGAAUUAAAGAACGAGGCGAUGAGGGAGAGACACUGGAAGCAAUUAAUGGAGAAAACUGGACGACAUUUCGAUAUGGACCCAGACAGAUUCACCCUGAAGAACAUGUUCGCUAUGGAAUUAGGAAAAUACCAAGAAAUAGCCAAAGAAAUCGUGACGAAUGCCGUGAAAGAGCUCGCCAUAGAAAGAGGUUUAAAAGAUUUGGCUGAAGUCUGGAAAAACAUGGAAUUUACUGUACUGAAACAUUACAAAGGUACCGAGGAUCGAGGAUUCAUUUUGGGACCAAUAGACGAAUUAAAUCAGAUUCUAGAAGACAAUAUGAUGAACGUGAAUGGCAUGGCAGCCUCUCAAUUCAUCGGCCCUUUUCUCAAUACAGUGCAAAACUGGGAAGUCACGAUGCACACGAUCUCCGAGGUUAUCGAAUUAUGGGUGCAAUUGCAGAAAAAAUGGCUAUAUCUCGAGGGCAUUUUCGUAGGCGGUGACAUAAGACUCCAAUUGCCAGACGAAGCGAAGAAGUUCGACGAAAUUGACAAAUCUUUUAAGAAAAUUAUGACAGACACGUCGAAGAGGCUGAACGUUCUCCAAUGUUGCACGAUUAAAGGUCGACAAGAAGAGUUCGAAUCGAUGAUUCUUGCACUGGACAAAUGUCAGAAGUCGCUGACAAAUUACUUGAACAGCAAACGAGCAGUUUUCCCGCGAUUCACUUUCCUCAGUGACGACGAUCUGCUGAGCAUCCUUGGGAGCGGUGAACCCAUCGCCAUUCAAGAACACGUGGGCAAGAUGUUCGAUAAUUUGGACAAAUUCCGUUUCGAAAUAAACAAUACCGAACGCGUGAUAGCCACUGGCUUGAUCUCUUGCGAGAAAGAGGUAAUGGACUUUAGAAACGUGGUUCUAGCCGAAGGAAAAAUCGAAGAAUGGAUGGUGCUUGCAUUGGAAGAGAUGAAACGAUCGAACCGAUUCUUGACGAAAAAGGCUAUCUACGAUUAUGGGAAGGUCAGAAGACCUAGGACACGAUGGAUGCUAGACUUCCAAGGAAUGAUGAUCCUGGCGGCUGAUCAAAUAUGGUGGACAGCGGAGGUGGAGAACGUGUUCGAGAAAAUGUCUCAAGGACAGAUGCGUGCAAUGAAAGAUUAUUUGAAGCAACUGAACAAUCAAUUAAACGAAGUGGUAACACUGAUGGGUGGUGAUACGUUGACGAACAAUGAUAGAAAAAAAUUCGACAUGGUAUUAACACUCGAUGUUCAUAUGAGAGAUAUCGUGGAAGGUUUCGUCAGAGACAGUAUCAUGGAUCCUUCGGAAUUCGAGUGGGAAAGUCAAUUAAGGUUUUACUGGGUUCACGAUCUGGAUAAUGUUUGGAUGUACCAGUGCACAGGAACAUUCGAAUACGGCUACGAGUACAUGGGACUCAAUGGAAGACUCGUUGUUACACCUUUGACAGACAGAAUAUACUUGACCAUCACACAAGCUCUCUCGAUGCACCUGGGUGGAGCUCCUGCAGGUCCUGCUGGAACGGGAAAAACGGAGACCACGAAAGACUUGGCGAAGGCGUUAGGAUUACUGUGCAUCGUCACAAAUUGCGGUGAAGGGAUGGAUUAUGUGGCGAUAGGAAACACACUGAGUGGCCUGGCACAGUGCGGAGUAUGGGGUUGCUUUGACGAAUUUAAUCGCAUCGAUAUUUCUGUCCUAUCGGUUAUCUCUACUCAGCUUCAAACUAUACGCUCCGCUUUGAUGGCAAAAGCAUCAAGAUUUAUGUUCGAGGGGCAAGACAUAGUGCUCGACUCGAAAGUAGGCAUAUUCAUCACAAUGAAUCCAGGGUACGCGGGUCGAACGGAACUUCCGGAAUCGGUGAAAGCGCUGUUCAGGCCAGUGGUGUGCAUAGUUCCGGAUAACGAGCUGAUUUGCCAGAUAAAGCUGUUCAGCUCCGGCUUCUUGACCGCCAAAGUUCUAGCCAAGAAGAUGACUGUUCUGUACAAAUUGGCACGCGAACAACUGAGCAAGCAGAACCACUACGACUUCGGUCUGAGAGCACUCAAAUCCGUGCUCAAUAUGGCCGGCCACUUGAAGAGGACUUCCGGUGACCUGGCUGAAGACGUGGUACUCAUGAGGGCGCUUCGAGACAUGAAUUUGCCGAAAUUUAUUUUCGACGACGUCCCAUUGUUUCUGGGAUUAAUCGCUGACCUCUUCCCAAACCUCGACUGUCCGAGGGUUCAUUAUCCUGAUUUUAACAACGCUGUUAAUCAAGUACUAGAGGAGCAACGAUAUAUUAUCUUGUCUGAGCAGAUUGACAAAGUGGUGCAACUAUACGAAGUAAUGAUGACUAGACACUCGACAAUGGUGGUUGGACCGACAGGAGGCGGGAAGACCGUCGUGAUUGAAACUCUUUGCAAAGCUCAAACUCGUCUCGACAGACCUACCAAACUCUACAUUUUAAAUCCAAAGGCGUGCACCGUGAACGAACUUUAUGGUGUGUUGGAUCCAGCGACACGCGAUUGGACAGACGGUCUGCUAAGUUGUAUUUUUCGGGAAGUGAACAGACCAUUGAACUCGAACAAGGAUGAGAAAAAAUAUAUUUUGUUCGACGGUGACGUAGAUCCACAAUGGAUCGAGAAUAUGAAUUCCGUGAUGGACGAUAACAAAUUAUUAACUCUGGCCAAUCAAGAAAGAAUCAAGAUGCAGAAUCAUUGUAGUCUACUGUUCGAGGUAGGCGACCUGCAGUACGCCUCGCCAGCGACUGUAUCCAGAGCCGGCAUGGUGUACGUAGACCCAAAAAACUUGGGUUAUCAGCCUUACAUGGACAAAUGGAUACGGAGCAAGAGCGAAUCGGACCAGGAGCUACUGAGCGGAAUGUGCGAGAAAUACGUGCACGGCGGGAUAGCUCUCAUUAUAGAAGGAAUGCUCGGGUUACAACAAGUUACACCGCUUAAGAUGAUCAUACCACAAACCGGACUGAACAUGGUAAUACAACUUUGUUACGUAUUCGACGGUCUGCUCGCUAUUCUGGAUACUCGACCAACUCCUACUACCAAGACCGAGGAAGAGGAAGAAAUAAGGGCAGAAACGUUAUUCUCCAGGGGGGAAAUUCUCGAGGCGAUGUACAUUCAAGCUUGCUACUGGUCCUUAGGAGCCUCCCUGGUGAUUGAAAACAGGCCUGACUUUGACGAUUACAUAAAGAAAACUUCUGGAUUUAUGCUUGUCCAAGAUACCGUUGAAAAACGAGCUACUGUGCGAUACAUACCAGUGACGGAGAAAUUGCUGUACGAUUAUUUCUUGGAUUUGGGAAAGAAUAUAUGGAUCCCAUGGAGAGCUCUGGUCCCUAAUUAUGUCCAUGACAGAGAGAAAAAUUUCUCCGAUAUUUUGGUUCCUACCAUAGACACUCUAAGAACUACGUGGUUCGUCAACAUGAUGAACGAACGAGAUCGACCAGCUCUUUUAGUUGGCGAAACUGGUACUUCGAAAACCGCUAUAAUUCAAGAAUUUCUUCGAAAUCUCAGCAUCGAGAAAUACAAUCAACUUCUCAUCAAUUUCUCAUCGAGGACAACUUCGAUGGACGUGCAAAAAAAUAUAGAGGCUGUUGUGGAAAAGAGAACGAGGGAAACUUAUGGACCACCUGCUGGUAAAAAGUUGUUACUCUUCAUCGACGACAUGAAUAUGCCACUGGUAGACACUUAUGGUACCCAGCAACCUAUCGCACUUCUCAAGUUUUUGUUCGAAAAGGGUGGAUUUUACGAUCGUGGAAAGGACCUUUCUCUAAUGUACAUGAAAGAUAUGUGUUAUUUAGCGGCAAUGGGAAAGCCUGGUGGUGGAAGGAACGAAGUGGAUCCAAGAUUCAUUUCCAUGUUCUCCGUCUAUAACGUUAUAUUUCCAGCAAAUGAGACACUUUGUUACAUUUACACAAGCAUACUGAGCGGACACUUGCAAACAUUUUCAGAGGAAGUGCAAGCAAUUGCAGGAACCCUGGUGCAAAUCACUCUGGACCUCUAUCAGAAAGUUACCGCGGAACUAUUACCCACACCGAAUAAAUUCCAUUACAUUUUUAAUAUGCGAGAUUUGUCGAGGAUUACGGCUGGGCUUCUUCAAAGCCAUCCUAAUUAUCUUCCAAAAGUGACACAGAUCGUUAGACUAUGGAGGAACGAGUUCGCCAGAAUUAUAUGCGAUCGUUUGAUAAACGAAGACGACGUGAGUAUCGUAGCUACAUACGUGAAAGAGAAGAUCGAAGAACGUUGGGAGGAAGAGCCUGAUGUUAUCAAAUAUGUAAUGAGGGAUCCUCUGCUAUUUGGUGAUUUUAGAAACGCGAUUAACGAGGGGGAACCACGAUUCUACGAAGAUUUGUUGGACUACGAGGCUGUCUACAGUUUGUUCCUAGAGAUCUACGAAGACUAUAACGAGAGAAGCGCGACCACGUUGCAAAUGGUUCUCUUCAACGAUGCGCUCCAGCACUUGACUAGAGUUCACCGUGCACUCAGAAUGCACAGAGGGCACGUUUUGGUGAUUGGCAUCGGUGGAAGUGGGAAGAAAUCGGUGAUCAAAUUAGCAGCUUACGCAGCCAACUUCCAAAUUUUUGAAAUUAGUCUAUCUCGAGGCUACAACGAAGCUUCUUUUCGCGAUGAUAUGAAAAUACUGUACAACAAGGUUGGCGUAGACAAUCAGAGAAUCGUGUUUUUAUUUACAUCUGCUCAUGUCAUCGACGAAAGUUUUCUGGAGUUGGUAAACAAUAUGCUGAUGACCGGUGUCGUACCAGCGUUGUUUACCGACGAAGAUAAGGACGAAAUCGUCAAUUCUUGCAGAAAUCAGGCUGUAGAUGCUGGCUUCGGUGUCACCAGAGAAAGUGUAUGGUCAUAUUUCGUGAAAACCAGCCUUCAAAAUUUACGGAUAGCGUUGUCAAUGAGUCCAUCGGGAGAUUUAUUAAGGACAAGAUGUCGAAGUUAUCCUGGUCUGGUGAACAGUACCACCAUAGACUGGAUGUUCCCUUGGCCUGAACAGGCUUUAGUUUCCGUGGCUAACGUCACUCUCAGAGACCACCCAAACGUAUCACAAACUUACAGAGAUGCCCUAGUAGAACAUAUGGUGUUCACUCAUAAGACUGUCUGCGACUACACGGUGGAAUUCCAAACGAUACUACGAAGAAGAAAUUACGUGACUCCUAAACACUACUUAGAUUUUAUAAACAGUUAUCUGUCUCUGUUGGUAGAAACAAGGGAUUACAUAAAUUCACAAUGUGAUCGACUUUCCGGAGGUCUACAGAAGAUCGCGGAGGCAUCGGUGACUUUGAACGAGUUAAAUCAAAUUCUGGCCGUGCAAAGGGUAAAAGUAGCUGAUCAGACGAGAAACUGCGAGCGACUAUUGGCUUCCAUAGGAGAAAGUACGAAUAUCGCGAUGGAAAAGAAACAGCUGAGCGAGCAGGAAAGACAAGCGAUAGAAGAACAGAGGAAGAUUAUCGACAAGGAGGAAACGGAAGCUAAACAGGCGUUGGCUGACGCGCAACCUGCCUUAGAUGCAGCCAGAGCGGCCCUUGGGGAACUCGAGAAAGCAGACAUUACUGAAAUAAGAUCGUUUGCAACUCCGCCGGAACCUGUGCAAAUCGUCUCGGAAUGCGUAGCGAUGCUGCGAGGCAUAAAGGACAUUUCUUGGAAAGGUGCAAAAGGAAUGAUGAGCGACCCGGCAUUUCUACGACAAUUGCAAGAGAUGAACUGCGAUAAAAUCACUUUGAAACAACAACAAGCAGUCAAAGCUCAUUUAAAGAAAACUACUAAAUUGGAUCAAAUGCAGCACAUCAGCAAGGCUGGGUACGGAUUAUACAGAUUCGUACUCGCUGUGCUAGAUUACUGUGCCGUUUUCAGAGAGGUGAAACCAAAGAUAGAACGCGUUAAGGAAUUAGAAGUUGAAUCGGAACGAGCACGAAAGGCGUUGGAAAGGGAAGAACGAGAGUUAAGGAGACUCGAGAGAGCCAUUGCCGAUUUGAAUAUAAAAUAUGAGAAUGCUAUGGAAGAAAGACAAAAAUUGCAAGAAGAGACAGACUUGCUUCAGAGGCGUUUAAUAGCUGCUGAUAAAUUAAUUAGCGGAUUGUCCUCUGAAAAUGAACGAUGGAAGAAAGAUUUGGAAACGCUGCAUGGCCAGAUAGAGAAAAUUACUGGCAAUUGUUUGCUUUCCGCUGGAUUUCUUGCAUAUUGUGGACCAUUUUCUUACGAGUAUAGGAAUCAGAUGGUAUACGACGACUGGUGGAACAGUAUAGUGCAAAAAGAAAUUCCAUUCACGGAUACGUUCAAGAUCCAGACGGAGCUAAGCAGUGACGUUGAAAUUAGCACAUGGACAUCCGAGGGCCUACCACCUGAUGAACUAUCCGUGCAAAACGGAAUUCUAACUACGAGAGCAUCGAGAUUCCCUGUUUGCAUCGAUCCUCAGCAACAAGCUCUGAACUGGAUCAAAAAGAAAGAACAAAAGAAGAAUUUAAAGAUCCUAUCGUUCACUGAUUCAGACUUUUUGAAGCAAGUGGAACUUGCAAUAAAAUACGGUCUUCCAAUUCUAUUUCAAGACGUCGAUGAAAUUGAUCCUGUUUUAGAUAACGUCCUAUCGAAGAACAUACAAAAUGUGGGAGGUAGAACGUUCGUGCUCCUCGGUGAUAAGGAAGUGGAUUAUGAUCCGAAAUUCAGGAUGUAUCUCACUACGAAGAUGUCGAAUCCCAUAUUCGAUCCUGCUGUAUAUGCCAAGACCACCGUGAUCAAUUACAUGGUGACCCUAGGGGGACUUGAGGAUCAACUACUAUCAGUGGUCGUUCGAACAGAGAGACCAGACAUCGAGGAACAACGAGAAAGCUUGAUCAUCGAGACCAGCGAGAACAAGAACCUCUUGAAACAGUUAGAAGACAGUUUACUUCUCGAAAUUGCUACGAAUAAAGGCAAUAUGUUAGAUAACAUCGAGCUGAUCGAAACUCUGGAAAGCACGAAAUCUAGCGCUGCAGAAGUAAUGAGGAAGUUAUAUCUAGCUGAAGUGACAGCUUCUGACGUGAACAAGCUCCGAGAUGGAUAUCGAUCAGUGGCAAAAAGAGGAGCGUUAUUGUUCUUCGUUUUGGCCGACAUGGCCAUGGUAAAUCCGAUGUAUCAGUAUUCUCUGAUCAGCUACGUGGAGGUGUUCACUUAUUCGCUGAGGAAAGCGCUGCCGGAUCCAACGUUGCAACGUCGUCUGCAGAAUAUUAUCCCAAUGCUGACGAAGAACGUGUACGACUAUGGUUGUACGGGAAUUUUCGAAAGGCAUAAAUUAUUGUUCUCGUUUCAAAUUUGCACGAAAUUGGAGCAAAGUGUAGGGAACGUCAGUCAACGGGAAUUGGAAUUUUUCAUUAAAGGAAGUAUCACUUUGGAAAAAUCGCCAAAAAUUAAUCCUACGGAAUGGUUACCAGCUGCUGGAUGGGCGGAUUUGUUGAAACUGAGUAACGAUUUUCCACACACGUUUGGAAACAUUGCGGACGAACUGGCUUCACACGCGGAUGACUGGCAAGCUUGGUACGACAUGGACGCCCCAGAGGCUGUGGACUUUCCUCUGGGCUAUUCCGCCAAAUUAAAACCCUUCGAGAAGCUUAUGCUGAUACGCUGUUUCCGCGUCGAUCGAGUUUAUCGCAGUGUGAUCGAUUACAUCAGCGAGACUAUGGGAGAAGAAUACAUCACGCCCCCACAUAUUAGUCUGGAAUUAAUCUUGGAACAAAGCACACCUACAAUGCCUGUUAUUUUCAUUCUAAGCCCUGGAUCUGAUCCUUCCUCGGAACUAAUGAAAUUGGCAGACAAACACGGUUGUGGAGGCGGGAGAUUCAAAUAUUUGUCCCUUGGACAGGGCCAGGAGAAGACUGCGAUAGAGUUGUUAGAAGUUGCAGUGUCUAGAGGACAAUGGUUAAUGUUCCAAAAUUGUCAUUUACUGUUAAGUUUCACCAGAGAACUAGAGAAACUGUUGGACGAGGUUGGAAAGCCUCAUCCCGAUUUCCGGUUGUGGCUCACGACCGAUCCGACUCCUACUUUUCCUAUCGGAAUAUUGCAACAAUCUUUGAAAGUGGUCACGGAGCCACCUAGUGGAUUGAAAUUAAAUCUCCAGAACACUUAUUUAAAAAUCAGGCCUCGAAUGCUUGAAAGUUGUGCACAUCCUGCCUACAAACAUUUAAUUUACGUAUUAGCUUUCUAUCACGCGGUUAUUCAAGAGAGGAGGAGAUACGACAAGAUUGGCUGGAAUAUAAAUUACGAUUUCAAUGAAUCGGAUUUCAAUGUAUGCUGUAUUAUUCUGAACACUUAUUUAACCAAGGCGUUCACAGCGAAAGAUCUCAGGCUCCCUUGGAACAGCUUGAAAUAUUUAAUAGGAGAAGUAAUGUACGGUGGACGAGUGAUAGACAGCUACGAUCGUCGAGUAUCCGAAACUUACAUGGACGAAUACUUCGGAGAUUUCCUUUUCGACAGCUUUCAACCCUUCCACUUUUAUCACGACGAGGAAGUCGAUUACGUGAUCCCUCCGGAAGGCGAAUUAGAAGAUUAUCUCGAGUUCAUCGAGGGAUUACCUCUGGUGAACAGUCCAGACGUCUUUGGACUGCACCCAAAUGCCGAAAUUGGCUACUUCACUCAAGCUGCGAAAGAAAUGUGGAACAAUCUCAUAGAACUGCAACCGCAAACUGUACGCCUGGAUAAAAGGAAAGUCAGCGGAGUUGGAAUAAGUAAAGAUGAAUUUAUUGACAACAUUGCGAAAGACAUAUUGAAUAAAGUUCCUGUCGAGUAUGAUCUCGUUAAAGUGAGGAAACAUUUUGGUCCAACGAUAACUCCAACCACGAUUGUUCUUUUCCAAGAAUUGGAGAGAUUUAAUACACUGAUUAGAGUAAUGAAGAGGACAUUAACGCAGUUGAGAAAGGCUAUCGCUGGAGAAAUUGGAAUGGACACGACUCUCGAAAAUAUAUCCGCGGCAUUAUACAAUGGCGUAUUGCCGCAAGAAUGGGCCAUACUAGCGCCAGACACGAGGAAAAAUCUUGGUGGAUGGAUCGAACAUUUCGAGAAGAGGAUACAACAGUACACUAAUUGGUCUUCGACGAGCGAGCCUAUAGUUCUCUGGUUAGCCGGGCUACACAUCCCAGAAACUUAUUUAGCAGCUCUCGUGCAAAUGGCUUGUCGCAGAAAUAGUUGGUCUCUGGAUCGUUCUCUCACGUACACAGCAGUAUCGAGAUUUACAAGACCUGAGAACGUAGAGGAAAGACCCGACCAGGGUUGUUACGUGAGUGGAUUAUAUUUGGAAGGGGCUAGAUGGGAUCUACAAGAACAAUGUCUUAAAAGAUCACAUCCAAAAAUCCUGAUAGAAGAAUUACCAAUUCUCAUCAUCAUUCCAGUAGAAGCUCAUAGACUCAGACUUCAGAAUACUUUCAGAACACCAGUGUACACUACGUCUAAUCGAAGGAACGCCAUGGGGGUAGGUCUGGUUUUCGAGGCAAACCUCGCCACCACGGAACACAUAUCUCACUGGGUAUUGCAAGGAGUUUGUUUAGUGUUAAAUACCGAUUAAAUGGCUAAGAAUUAUAUACGAUUACAGUAAUAAUUAUUAUUUUAGAAGAAACGCAAUAUACAAAGACAUCUCAUGUACAGUAAAUAUCUUUCUAAAUAUAUUAAAAGAAAUCUUUCCAAAAAUAUCAACCAUCACAUUA